AACACAAGAACAAGAAAUUCAAUCUUGUCUCGCUUUUUUCAUAUCAGUAUCAGGAAUUCAUCCUGCCAUCUCCCCGUCCCCACCAAACCUUCUUCAUCCAGUCUCGAAUGCUCCCUGUCUUCAGAUACCCUAAAUGCUGUACCACCUUCUCAGGCGAUAUCCGCAGUCAGCCCGCUAGCCACGCUCUCUGCUUUCUCGGUAUCUGAUUAUUCCCAUCAAUGCUCAUUGCUUCCUUCUCACGCAGACUCGAGAUGCAAGUCAUGCGCGGUAGUGUCUCACCCUAGACUGACAUCACCUGAACCCGUUCUUGGGCUGACUAAGAAACCCCCGAAGGCCUCUGAUUCGUUCAUGCUCCUGUGACUACCUAUCAAAGCUCUACGACUCAUCUUAUCAUUCAACUCUUCUCUCCCAGUGUGCUUUCUACCUCUCUAGUAUCCUAGUAUUUUUAGAAUGUCGCUUUUCAACUCUGUACUGGGCAGCAUUUCCCCUCGCCUGCGCGAUUCGUUCGAAGAUCCUCAUGCGCGCGAUCACGAACUAUUGUCCUAUCACUCUUCAUCCGUGCCCCGGGUGCCUCCACCCGUAGCCUCGACUAUCCUAUGGAACGCCCCUCAAACGCGACUGUCUCCGCCUCCUCAAGUUCCUGAUCACCUGCUGGCUAUCCAGAGAAAAGCGCGUCACCUCGAACAACAGCUGCAAGAACUGCUCGAUUCUCAAGCCGAUGGUCUGAUCAGUGGUCUUGCCGGGAAUGAAGCUAUACCAGAUGAUUUGGUGAGCAAUGGAAGCACCACUCCGACAGUGAGUAGCAUGCGCGGUGGGACAGACCGAGGCUCGGAGAGUGGGGAAUUUUUACAACCUGCGAAGAAAACACACGUGGGACUGAACACGGCGAGGAAGCGAAUAGCGCGUCGCAUUCAGCAGCUGGCUAGUGUCAAAGCCGAAGAGUUGGACGUUCUCGAGGAUAAUCUACGCGACUUGGACAGUAUCGUCAAGAAGACGUCCUCGUGGACAGAAAAGCGCACACGUCUGACCAACAAGAUUGAUUCGUUGGCCACGGACACGACCGUCUCGAAAACCCAAAGCCUUCAAACACAGGCAUUUGAAUUGGAGCAGGAAAUCCGCCAAAAGGAGGAAGAGCUGCUAAUCUUGAAGACCCGCCAUCGUCGUGUCCUGAACGAACUCGCAGAUACCGAAAAUUCCCUCGAGGCUAGAUCGUCAUCCUACAAAGCGUCGUUGUCCUAUUUAGACAAGGAGAUCAAUACAUUUUUAGCAAGAUCCCCAAAUACUAAUCACGUUCCUCUUUCUACUUCACCAUUCUUAACACUACCACCCAGUCGCCGUACCCUUGAAAUGGCACACGAUUACUGGCAAGAAGAGCAGACACGCCUCUCCGAGCGAUGCGAGGAAGUUGACAUUGACCGGGCCGCACUCGACGAAGGCGCCGUUCUAUGGACCGAAGUUGUGCAACGCAUCAUGGACUUUGAAGUUGCCUUGCAAAAUCAGAUGACGCGUCCUUAUACUGUGAAGGGAACACCGUCUUCAGCGUCGUCAGACUCCACAAAGCUCAUCGAACGCAUGAGUGCAACGGUAUUGUACCUAGAAGAUACCCUCGAGCUUGCCUCGCAGCGCGGAUGGAAUCUUCUUGUCUGCGCUAUUGGUGCUGAACUUGAAGCAUUCAAGCAGGGGCAGUCUCUCCUCGAGCAAACGCUGGGUGUGUCUAAGACCAGACCUACGAGCAACGGCAAAACCAAACAGCGUGAGGUCGAGAGACUGGUCGAUGGCUCAAGUUCAUCGAGUACUCCACUCAGCGAAACCACCGAUGAGGAGGAUCACCGUCACGAGGAUCUUAAAUUAUUUAACGACGGAGAGGGAGAAGAGGAAAUUUCCAGGUCGACCAUUAGGAUUGGACCACCAACAUCAAUCUCUCAAUCUCCUCCCCCUUCCGUCACCCUAACGAUGCGAAGUCCCAAAUUAUCUUCUUCUUCUCCGCCUAAAAAGCAGCAAAAACAGUCACUGUUCGAUACAGACGAUGACGAGAACGAUGACCCGGAUCCCGAGCUCUUGAUCAGUCACGAGUGA